GAACAUUCUUCUCCGAGGUAAAUAUGUCCUUGAUGUCACUCUCCCCCGCCACAUAUCGUCUGCGUCACAUUCCGUCCAAUUUUAGUCUUUUUUUCUCGUUUUUUCUUCUUUCUCCAUUUGCCUGGUGUUUUGUGAGAUACGAUUCGAGCGGCAACGCUUGAGUUGCGCGCCGUUUCCCCCGUCUCUCGCCCGUGAGGGAAUGGCCAGUGUUCGGAUUAUCACAGCCUCGUCAGGUGUGCCCUUUCAGCAUGCUCAAGUUCUGCCAAGGAUAUGUGGUGCCUCAGCGUGCAACAGACAUCCUCAACAAAGUGCCACAUACAACACAAACAUCUUCCCAAAGCAAGCAUGUGACCAUGAAAACUGUGCAACUGCAUAAAGACCCUGUUUGUGGACUUGGCAUGGUUAUUAGCUGCGGAAACACCUAUGAAACUCUUUUACACGGAGCCUUCGUAGAAUGUGUGCACCCUGGUGGCCCAGCUGAACAAGUUGGAAACAUCUGUGCAGGAGAUCAAAUUUUGUCUGUCAAUGGCAUUGAUGUCCGAAAUGAUUAUUAUUUGGAUGUAGUUGAUUUAAUUAAAUGUUCAAAUAGUCCUGUUGAACUUGCUUUUGGAAAGCCAGACAGUACUUUGUCACCCUAUUCUCAGAAAGAAGUGAUCGAGAGGGCAGUCUUGGGUUUGAAGUCUUUGCACUCUGUUCAAAGCCUUAUAGAAAAUAGUACUGCUUUUCCUGACACACCUGUUCCCAAACCAAGGAAAAAGUACAUGGAAAGAGAAAAGAAACAAGAUCAACUGAAUCUUGAUACUCCCGAUAUCACAAUGAAUCACACUAAUAAUUCUCCUGACAAGAAGUGGACAGAAAGUGAUCACAACAUGAUUAACAAACAUUUUACCAUAGAAAACUGCAACAUUCCUGAUAUUAUUGCGUCUCAGAUAAAGCAUUUACCCGAUCAGCACUUGAAUGGGUGCAAGAUUUCAAAUGAACAGACGGCUCCCUCACCAGAACAUUUUGAAAGUGAUAAUUAUCUUCUUCCUGGAGAAGUGUACCAUGUUGUGUUGGACAAAAAAGGUGGUUCCUUGGGACUUAACAUUUACCAAGGCAUUGAUUCAUCUUGCUCAAAAGAGAAGCAUAUUUACAUUCAUUCUAUUAUACCAAAUGGUGCUGCUGAAACAGAUGGCAGAAUUAAACCUGGAGAUAAAUUGCUUGAAGUGAACGGUGUUAUGCUGGACAAUUUAUCAUAUCAAGAAGUUGUUACGAAAUUACGAGAAAGCCCUCAAGUUGCUCAUCUCGUCUUAGAAAAAGGAGAUUUGUUUGAAAUUGGACAGGAAGAUGAAAAUAUUCGGAACAUUACUGACAAAGCACCUGAACGUAGAAUCCAAAAUUCUAUGUCAUUGUACAAAAGCACUCCAAAUCUUGCUGAGAAUUCUGAUGAAGAAGACAAACUGAAUACUAGUGGAUCCCUUUAUAGAAAUCGAAGUACUGAUUGUUUGCUUUAUUCGCCACAUUUCAUGAAUCCGCAUCAGGCAUUGUUUGAAUUAUACAGGAAUUAUGCCUGUAACAGAGGGUCUUCAAGUAAUAUUCAUCAAAUACCAGCUGUGCCCAUAAGAAAAAAGAAAUUAAAGAGGCUGGAAGAUAUUUGUAACUACAGCAACUCUGAUAACACCUUUCUUGUGAGAAUACGCAAAAGCAGUCGGGGACUGGGUCUCAGUAUAUCUGGUGGACGUGAUGCAGCUCAAAAGGAUAUAUUCUCCCAGCUGAUUCAGGUUCGAAAACUGUACCCACUACAACCUGCUUUGGAAUGUGGCAAGCUGGCAUUAGGUGAUGUUUUAUUAGAAGCAAAUGGAAUCAGCAUGAUUGGAUUAACUAACACGGAAGCCUUAGAAGUAUUACGUUCAGCUCCCUCUGAAGUUCUUUUAAAAGUUUUUCGUCCAUCAAAAUCACUGAUUCCUUCUUUUUCUCUUUUCAAGGGUGGAUUUUGGCCUUUCUUUGAUUCAUCUUCCAGUUCAGCAAGUAGUUCACUUUCUCGAACUGAGAAUAACAGCACUUAUAAUGUUGAGACAGGGGAAUUUGAAAUUACUCUUGUCAAGAGAGAGGGUAGUUUAGGUUUCACUAUUUCAAGGAAAGAAAAAACUGGGGAUAAUACUCCUGAAGGAAUCUAUGUUAAAGCGUUAGUGAGAGAACCAGCUGUUUCUGAUGGCAGAAUUCAACCUGGUGAUAGGAUUUUACAGGUUAAUGGAACCACUGUUUCCAGUAUGUCUAAUGCAGAGGCAAUUGAAUUCAUUCGAAACACUCCAGACACAGUAACUUUGAAGCUUUUCCGUGAGGAUCCUCCUCUUACUCCUGGCAACUUCGAAGAUGAAUAUACUAUAACGAAACCACUAAGAUGGGAAGCAGUUGAACUGUUAAAUGACAGAGUGAAACACAAAGAAGUAAAUAAUCCUGAGAAUGGUAAUCUCAAUCGAAAGAUCAAAAGAAAAAUCGGGAGGCUCUCGAAUGCGCCUAGCAGCUCUUCGACAGAAAGCACCAGUAGCUCCUCAUCAAGUGGGCAGGAACAUUUGAUCGAUGAAAGUUUGGAUGAAAGCAUGGAACUAUGUGGAAUGUCAGAAGAGUUAUAUAUGGAGGGAGGAGGUCUUCAGCGAAAUCAGAGACCUAAGUCUCUUGAUGUACUUAACUCUUCAGAAAGAAAACGAUUGACAGGAUUUGGUAAUGAUGAUAGUUUCCACCGGCAGUCCAGCGUAAUGUGCCCAACUGUGGAAGUAAAAACUGGUGAUAAUAGCGAGAACGAUUCCAAUACCGGAAAAAAGGGUAAGAAUUUAUUGAAAUGGAGAGGUCACACUUUGCCAGAUUCUGAAGAAUCUAGUAGUCCUGAAAUUUUGUAUGAAGUGUCAACAGAUUCAUUGGAUAAUCCAAGUAGUCAAGUGCUUACGUCAUCCACAACUGCAUGUGAUGAAGAGGAGGACAGUGAUGACAGACCAAUACCUUUCCCUCGAUCUACAAGUUAUGCUAAUGAAUGGGUACACACGUUUGAUGUGGAUUUAGAUAGAGGAUGGCAUGGUCGCCUUGGUUUUAGUCUUUGUGAUCCUAAAGAUGAGUCUCCUGAAAGCCCCAGAAAUAAGCUGCCCAUUGCCUGUGAAGUAAAAGCAGUUUAUCCUGUCAGUAUUGCAGACAAAGAUGGAAGGAUUAAAGUUGGAGACCGCUUGGUUGAGGUGAAUCGAGAAUGCAUGCUGAGAAAACCAGCAAGUGAAGUGAUUGAUAUUUUGAGGAAAACCAGAGGUGUUAUCAGAAUGGUUUUUUGCAGGUUAAUUCAAAGACCAUGAUCUUGAAAUUAUCUCAUGCCUUCUAGUCACUAAUAGAAGUUAGUCAUUCGAAAGCCAUAGAUCAUCAAAUUGAAUCCAUUUGAAGUUGAGAGUUAUUGUAAUAUCUUACAAAUUGCAUGGUUGUACAUUGCUUCAUCAUCAUCUAUUGCCAUUUAAGAGUUGUCUCAGAGUAAUUUAUAUUUUACACUUGUUUUGAUUAGUGAUGUGAUCAAUUUUCAGUAUUAUCCGUUGUAAUUUACACAUUAUAUGUAUCUUGUUUAACAUUUUUUUUCUCUCACUAGAAUUAAAUUUCCUCUUUAUCAUAUGUGGUGCACAAUGCUUUACUGAUUCAUGUUAUGUUGCAUGAUAACAUGAUUUUUUUUUUAUAAUUUAACCUUCAACUUUAAAGUGAUUUUUCAGUGCACUACUAUAUUAUCUACUCAAAAGUUACUCUCUCCCUUUUUUUCUAUUCAGUAUCAUUUUAGUUUAUUUUUGAUAUAUUUAAAUCAAUGUUCUGUUCAAAUAAUCAACAUUUUAAUAUCCAAAGAUUUCUCCCCCAAUUCCGCACUGUAACUCAUGGGAGCUAACAUCGACCUGUCUGUUCUCUGUUAAAUUAAGCAUAAUACAGUAUCUUUAGAUUAUAUUGUAGAUCGUUAAAUGGCUCUUCACAUACACCAAUAUUUUUCCUCUUGGGGCUGGGGAUAGAAACAUUCUUCUUGUAAUAUUUAACCACCACUAAAGUUAUAAAAAAAAAUGUCUUUAGUUUUUUUAAAGGAAGAGAGUGUUCGAUCACUGAUUUCUAGUAAACAACUAUUUUGAAAUGGUACUAAAAAGGGAAUGUUUCUAUUCCCUUUUGUCUAACAAACAAAGUAAUAAAUCUUCAGCUUUCUUUUUCAUUUCACACAUAGGCUUCUUAUCUGUAGAGAAGAAGAGCAAAUGUUUAGAGCAUUUGAAUGUAACUUUCUCUUAUGGCUGAUUCCCCCUUUUUCCCCCUCUCAACAAAUGCCAUAUAACAAUAGGUUACUGUGUAAUGCUUUCAUUAUAUCAUUGCAUUUAUACUGUAAUGUGUUCUACUCAUAAAUUAUCUUAUCGCCAUAGACCUCUAAAUGCAUUUUAAGAAAUCAAAUCUCAUGAUAAUUGCUGUGACUCUCUUAUAUACAAAAAUUGAUACAUAGAAUUUAAGUGUUCAAUAUUUUAAAAAAUAAUUAAAAUGAUAAAGGAAUGAACUAUGAUAUUUUUGGUAAUUCUUUCUAAUGUGCUUGUAUUUAUUUAAGAUAUUCUUCCUAUGUAGGAAGCUUAGUUUGUUUAGGUUUUACUAAAAUGCAUUUAGUAUUUGAUUCAUGUGUUUACGCAAAACGUCCGUCCAAAUAAACACUUGCUUAGCUUAGAGCUUAAAGUAGAAAUUUAACAUUCCAUCCAAAGAAAAUUGCAUUUAUAUAUAUUUGAUAUUAAAGUUAUUAGGUGAAUCUUUUCAUCUUCAGUGUUUUGUAUUUCAUGGAAUUUCCCAUAGAAUGAAAAGAUUUAGGAUACUGUUGACUUUACUUUGUUACCAUUACUUUUUCAUAAAUGAUUUGUUUUAAAAUAUUAGUAGUACUAUUUGUGAAUUUUAUAAAUUAUGAAAUGAAAUACUCCUUUUAAGUUCCUUCUCUUCUGCUUAUACAUGUAAUUUUAUUUAGAACAUCAGCUGUUUCCUAUUUUUAUUUGCUGUUUGUUGAAUUCUCAUUUUAAUAUUAAUCAAACAUCUCAUAUUUUGAUAUUUUCAAGUGAAUUGUAUUUUUUAAUGUUUAAUUGUAUUUAAUAAAUUCUUAACCAGAUUGAAAAUUUCACACAGCUUCAGAAAUAAAUAUACAUAACCCGUCAUCAUUAUUUUGUAUUUUUUUCAAUUUUUAUCAAUAACAUUAUUUUUAUUACAUACUAGGUGUAAGUAAUAUCACAAAGUAUUUGUAUGAUAAACAAUCACAAUGGUACUUACUUGAAAAGGUUUCGGGUGUGACAUUGAAAAUCUAGUAAAUCUUCUCAUUGCCUCCAUAAGCAAGAAUAAUAUUAUAAUAUCUUCUUUUUGCCAGCAAGAUAAUUCUUAUGACAGAAUAUACAGAAAUGAUUCUGCCGAUAAGAAUUACCCAGCUAAUUCGUAUAGAUGCUACGCUGUAGUUCCUAGCAUGUUUAAAAUCGCUUUUUUUUUCCAGUGCAUGAUGGUCCUACAUAAAAAAGAGGCUCAUUCGUUUCGCGCGAUUAUCAAUGAUUUACGUAGCUUUGUUCAAUUUCGAAGUUACACUUUGAAAUUCACUUCAUCAAAACAAUAUUAAUAAAUAUAUUAAUUGUGAUUCUUGGAUUUCAAAAUAAAAUCCCUAUUUUUCGAAGGCUUUCCUCCAUUCAAAUUAUUAUUCAGUGCUUCAUGUCAACUUUCUGUAACAAUGCUUUUAUUAAAAUUUGUAGUUUUUAUCGUGAAGAAAAUCGUUAAAUAAAAGAUUUGUUGCCUUUUUUUCUCAAAUGUAAACAA